CGGCACUCGAACGCACCACUUUUUUCCAUAUUCCUUCACACGCUCCACGAAACAAAAACAAGCAGCUUGCGCGCGGUCACAUGUAGCGCGCGGCAGCGCAGGAACCCGACGGAGCAGGAAAGCACACGGCCCAGGAGCAGACUCCGGUGUCCCCCACCCCUAGCUCUGGUUCCGGGUGUCGGCCGCCUCACACAUGGUUCUCCUCCGGCACAUCUCCAUCGCCCUGACCGCCGCCGUGGCUGCCCUGGGCUCGGCGCUCUUCAUCGCCCUCAACUACUUCUACAAGAGGCGAGUGUGGUCCCCGCAGGCGGCGUACUGCACCAUCACAGAGGAGGAGGAGGAUCGCGAGAAGCGGCAGGUUCUGGUUCUGGGCCUGGACGGAGCCGGGAAGAGCAGCAUGCUGCAGGGUUUGACCCCGGGCGAGUCGGCGGCGAAGAGACCCCAAUGCCGGCCCACCCGCGGCUUCAACUUCAUGAGCCUGGACGCCAACGGCUGUCAGCUCGACUUUCUGGAGAUUGGUGGUGGCGAGGAUCUGCGGCGGUACUGGUCGGACUACCUGAGACGGACUCACAUCCUGGUGUACGUGGUGGACUCGUCUGACAGGAGCCGCCUCCCAUUGGCUAAGGCCGAGCUGCACCGCCUCCUGAGGGUGGAGCCACAGCUGCCCGUCGUCGUUUUGGGGAACAAGCAGGAUAAGCUCAACGCCUUGACUGUGGCAGAACUACACGACGCCUUGUCUCUGGAUGCCGUGACCGAUGAUAGGAAGCUGUUCCUCCUUGCUGCCCAGCUGGGCUCUGAGGAAGCCAAGAGGAAGUCUUGCCAGGGUCUGGACACGGUCCAGGACCUCAUCCUACAGCUCAUCUGAUCUCAGAUCCCUCUGCAGAGCACAACUGGAGGACAUGGGCAAAGUUUUUUUUUUUUUUUGUUGGAGCUCUGGGAUUUUUUCAGGCAGCAGAGGAGGGGAUGACUGCAGGAACGCUGAAAAAGACACCAAAAAUCCACUGCCAUGGAGCGGUCAUACUAACGGGAAACGAGGAGGAACAAAGAAUGUGGGAAAGCAGGAUGAAGCUUUGAUACAAUCAGGUCAAACUGUCCCAGGUUUACUUAAGCAAAUCGUUUUUAACGGAGCACAUUGUAACACAUUUCAUUUAAAGCUGCACGCACAUUUUUAGCUGGUUUCUUGAUUUAUUUUAUUAGUCAUUUUUUUAUGCACAAUGAGAUUAAAGUGAGCAGGUUAGAAAAUGUUAGAAAAUGAAAAAGUUCAGGCUCAUAAAUUUGGGUUUCCUGUAAAUGAAGAAAUGACACAAACUCUAUGAAAUAAUGUCCUAGGGUGAUAAUUACUGACUUCUGUAUUGAUGUUUUAUUCAUGGAAAUUAAAAAUUGAGCCCUAUGAGAUUUGCCUUUUUGACAUUUUACACCUUAGCCUUGCCAUAGAUGUAAAGGCAGGUUAACUGUACUCUGGUUAGGAGGAAACUGUUAGGCCAAUAAAUAAUGCACAGGGACACAGAAAUGUCAUUGUUUUACCCAAGGCUGGAAAAACAAACCCAGGGUUGUCAGAAUCAAAUGAUGUUAAUUGGUUCUUGCAGUUGUAGGAGAUCAAACGUCUCAGUUUCUGGCAGUUAGUUUAGGCCUUUUUUUUUUUUUAGGUAUACUUUCAGUGACUUUAAUGUCUUGUCCACACGUAGCCAGAUAUCUGGGAAAACUAAUACAUUUUCAUGUGUUUUGGCCUUUCAUUCACACAAAAACCUUGUUUUACACAACUAAAAACUGUGAUUUGAGAAAGCAGGAUUCUUGUUUAUGUGUACAGGUGAAAACAGAGUUUUAUGGCCCCGUGCAUCACAGUCUGGGACAACUGAUGCGACGCUGACGUCACAUGUGCAACCGUUGUUAUUGACUUGAACUAUCAGAGACGAGCUGAUUUUAACAUCGGUGUUGCAAUUUCAUUGUUUACAAUAUGCUUCUAAUCAAUGUUAAACUGGACAAACGAAAUCAGCGGCAUCUCCAAUCCUUUAUUUUCAACUGUCCAGCAAGCACACAGCAUUUCCUGUCUUCACCUCGGUGUCGAGCCUUGAAAGUAAAAGCAUACAUGGAAUGUUAUGAACAUUACAGUCCGUUCAGACGAUUUUAGCUUGUAUUUUUUUUUUUUUUUUUUUUUUUUUUUACAAGCUAAAAUACGCUGAGGUGUAAAAUCAAGUCUAGUUUAUUUGUAUAGCACAUUUCAGCAACAAGGCGGUUCAAAGUUCUUUACAUCAUGAAAACAUAAAAGCAUCAAACAUCGAAACGGUCACUGGUUGUGAGACCAGUAACAAAGAUUAAAUUGUAUCAGGUGAAAACAUCAAUACACAUCAAAUAUGUUGGUCAGUGUUACUGUUACUAUGGGCCGAAAGCAGCUCUAAACAGGUGAGCUUUCAGUCUUGAUUUAAAGGAACUCAGUGUUUCAGCUGAUUUGCAGUUUUCUGGAAGUUUGUUCCAGAUUUGUGGAGCAUAGGAACUGAAUGUUUAAAAAAAAAAACUCCCAGUGGCGUAUUUGUGCGGAUUAGUGCGUAUGAAAAAUGAUCCGGUGUGCACGAUAUUUUUAAAAACAAUGUUGGGGAGAUAUUUGAUUUAAUAAAGACUAGACUACGUGUGCACAAGGCCUGACUGUAUUACGAAAUAUUCUCAACUCGGUAGCUUCACAGCAUUGGUUAACCCAGUAAAUAUUCAAACAAAUAAUAGAACUAAAACAGAACUAAAUAAUGCAUAAUCCAAUGAGUAUAAUCCAAAUAAGGUCAAAAGGUGUGUGAUAAAAAGUUAUUGAAUAUCCACCUUAACGUUUAAGCCUUUACCUGACAGAGCUGGUCAAAAUGCACAAGAUAGCCUCUUUGAUUUAUUAUGUAAUAUUAAAUAUAAAAUAUUGUAUGUGGGAUGUAAUUAAAAUUGAUCAUUAAAUUUCAUUUUGAAAUUUUUAUAAUUUUACUGUAUUUAUAAAUGCACCAAUGUUUUUGACAACACUUAUGUUAAUGCAACAAGUAACUAUAUCCAAACAUUUCUGAACAAUUUCUCAUACACUGGAAAAUAAACGUUUUUUCUUCCCACUGAGCUAUAUUUAAACGAGUAAUUGAAUACACUGUUUAUUAACAAGGAGGAAAAAAAUAAGAUCUUCAGUUUAACACCAGACACAAUAAAACUAAUGAGGGUCAUUUGAUAUAUUAGGUAAGAUGGUGGUUGUGUAACUUUAACCUGACAUCUAAAAUGUAAUUUGUAGCUAAAAGAGCAUUUUGUAUUUAUUUUUGUGUUUAAGAUGCAAAUUUACCUUUAUUUCCUUGCAUCUUUUGGUCGUACAUUUUGUGCUGGUUACAAGUGUUUGUCUAUAAAUAAAUUUGAUUGUAUCUAACAGUAUAAAAUUCAAUUUCAACUUACGUGAAUCUUUUUUGCCUAUGGAGGAUUGUUGUUAACUGGCACAAUGUAAAUAAACUAAAGUGGUUUGAAUGUC